AUGACGUGGCAUAUUCCGGCCUUUUAUGCCAUGAGAGGUUCAAGCAUUGUUUUUGUUUUCGAUUUCGAUAAAACGAUUAUCGAUUGUGAUAGAGAUAAUUGGGUGGUGGAUGAGUUUGGUGCCACCGAAUUGUUCGAACAACUUCUUCCUACAAUGCCGUGGAACUCUCUCAUGGAUCGAAUGAUGAAAGAACUUCAUUCGCAAGGAACCAGAGUUGAGGAUAUUGUAGCUGUUUUGAAAAGAGCUCCUAUACACCCUCGAAUCAUCGAAGCCAUUAAAUUGGCUUAUGCUUUAGGAUGUGACUUGAAGAUUGUGAGCGACGCAAACACGUUCUUCAUCGAGACAAUUUUGAAACAUCGUGGCCUGGAAGAAUGUUUCUCGGAGAUCCAUAUAAACCUUGGUUUUGUGGAUGAAGAAGGCAGGCUAAGGAUAUUCCCUCACCAUGAUUUCACCAAAUCUUCUCAUGGAUGUAUUCACUCCAUCUUCCCUCCAAAUAUGUGCAAGCUUGGUGAUGGAGACUAUGUAAUGCCAAGGAAUGGUUUCCCUGUUUGGGACUUGAUUUGCAAAAACAGGAGCCUAAUAAAGGCACAGGUAUGGGAAUGGAGCAAUGGGGAGGACUUUGCAAAUGUGUUGCUCCACCUUAUUUCCAUUCCCAGAAACAUCACUAGUGCCCAACUCCAUUCAGUUGACUGCAAACUAGAAACAAUGCAGUUGUCAGCCGCGGCUAACGCUGACCAUUCCCUUCAUGUUAUUCAUUAA